CUAGAUUUCCAAGAUGGCUGCGUCAAACACGAGUAAAACUCAAAAACCGAAAUCUCAAGAACAAGUUAUAUCACAAUUCAAUGAAAUGCGGCAGCAGCAACGAAGUUUUGUGUCCAAGAUCUCAGAGAUUGAAAUGGACAUCAAAGAACAUGAGUUAGUGUUGGAAACAUUAAGAGAAGUUGAUGAUGGAAGGAAAUGUUAUAGAAUGGUAGGAGGUGUACUAGUUGAACGAACUGUCAAAGAUGUUUUACCAGCUUUAACUAAUAAUAAAGAACAAAUGUCCAAAUUAGUAGAAACUUUAACAAAGCAACUAGAAAGUAAAGGCAGUGAAAUUAAUAAAUUUAGAGAAGAACAUAAUUUAAAGAUCCAAGGUGAAGAGAAGAAAGAUCUAUCAGAGAAAGAGAAAGAUUCCAAAUCGGGGACAUCUGGUGUUUUAGUGGCCAAUAAUUCUUAGCUGAGACUCAAAGACUCUUAAACUAUAGGCCAGCAAACAUAUAGUUGAGUUGAAGUAUUUGUGUUAAUCUGGGUGCGAUUCAGAACAUAGUCAUGAACAGUCCACUGUAUUUUUGAGUUAAAUAUAGUGAUAAAAACUAAACAAGGUAGAUUCAUUAUGUCCAUUACUACAUACACUACCAAAAAAAUGGAUUGUUUGUGUUAAUGUUGGAAUCGCUUUCAGAUGUGCACAAAUAUUUUUGCUAGACUGUAAUGACAUUGUUUGUAAAUAUCAUUUGUUUUCGAAAAUUGUCCCAGUGUUGGUUGAAAAAGACCUGGCUUAAAAGGACUACAAUAAAGCUACAUCAUGCUAAUUUGUUGAACGUGCAUCUUGGAGAUGUCCUAAAUUCGACUUUUACCUUUGACAAAUCAUAAUAAUCUUUGUUAUUCUUGGCUUCUGUUUUGCUAAAAAAAUCUAGUGAUACAAAAAUGAAGACUUUUGAGAGGAUUUUACAAGGAAGGGGUCUAAGUUUUUGUAUUUUUUUCUAUCAUCAUCAUCCUUUAUGGCUUCAGACAAACUCUUUUUCACUCAAGAAAUUUUUGUGAAGAUACCAGUUUUUUGAAAGAAGGGAGAAAAUCAGGUACUUAUCUGAGGAAUUAUUUUUGGUCUGUAGCCUUUGGAUUGUUAAGUGCUUUUGCUAUCAGAAAAAAAAAGUCUAUAUACUAUAUUGUGCUGUAAUACUUAUCAAAAUUAAACUCUAAAAAGUGUUACUGAUGUGCCAUCUGAUAUAAAGAAAUUAAUUUCUGAGUUAAAAAUUUAU